AUGCAACACAGAUCAUGUUUCCUUCUUCUCUCCGUCAUUGCUUCAUCAGCAUUGGGCGUUGGAAGUCUUAUUGUGGGGCAUAACACGUUUAUUCGCGGAAAGCUAAGGGCGCUUUCUCAGCAAUGGCAAGCCGCUCGAAGACCCAUCAAAACUGUUACACACACCAGGAUAGUCACAAAUGCGCCGUGUGCAAGGCGUUUGUGGGAAAAAACAACAACACCAGAACAGCCACUUGAAGACUUGAUGCAGACUACCUCGGACCGCAUUCAUAGUCCUCCUAAGCACAGAAUCGAUUAUAUUCAACAGGAACAGCCACCUGAAGUCCUGAUGCCGACUACCUCUAACCGCGUUAAUCGCCCUUCCACGCACAGGAUCGAUCGUGUUCAACAAGAUCAGCAGUCUACUAAAAUUCCGGAAAAUCUAUCCAAUGCCCAAUCUUCCUAUUCUGGUCUGCAAUUUUCGAAAGAUAUAAGAACUUCCAACAACGUCCACGUCGCUAAGCAUGCCGCUUCUUCCAAGAACUAUGAACAGGAAAUUCGAGUGGUACACUUCCAAAAACCCAUCGAAAACCGAAGUUCCAUACGCUUGAGAAUCAUUUGA